AUGGCCCAUAUUAUGGGGCCCAUACCUCUCAAACACAACACUUGGUCUAAAAGUUUUGGUUAUACGGAUAGUUUGUGUCAAUGUUUAGAUAAACUGAAGUGUGUUUUGCCACAAAAUGCAGUGAAUUUGUCAAUGAAUUGCAAUUCAAUUGUUUUGAAUUCAUGUAAAAUAAGUGAUAAGAUUUGGUCAUCCAAUUACAAAAACAUUGACAAAUUGGGUCCUUAUUAUCCAUGUCUGUGGUCUAACUGUCAAUAUAUAGGAGAUUCUAAGAGUCUUUUAACUAGACAUCGAGACUUACAUUCAAAUGAUAAAAGUUUUAAAUGUGAUUUCAAUAAUUGUUUGAAAAGAUUUCAAACUAAAGAUUACUUAAGAAAACACAAAACAUCCGUACAUUCAGAAGCAAAUCAUUAUUUCCAAUGUUUUUGGCCUAAAUGUCAGUAUAAGACCCCAUUUGAACAUUGUUUAGAUGACCAUCAAUCCACACAUACAAAUAGCAAGCAAUUUAAAUGUGAUUUUAAAAAUUGUAAACAGAUAUGUAGCCAAAAGUCCAAUUUGACUACACAUAUGAAUAGUGUUGAUUUAAAUGUGAAAUUUAUAUGCAAUUCGAGUGAAUGUCACAAACAGUUUGCAUCAAAGGAUAGGUUACUUAAACAUAAAAGAUGUGUUCAUUUGAAAGAAAAGGGAUUUAAAUGUAAUGAAGAAAAUUGCGGCAAAAGUUUCACACGAAGUUCACAUCUAAAUGAACACAAACGCAUACAUACGGGAGAAAAGCCUUUUAUAUGCGAAUGGAUUGACUGUAAUCAGACUUUUACGCAAUUAUCUAAUUAUUAUUCACACAAACGUAUUGUACAUUUGCAUGAAAAGUCAUUCACGUGUGAUGUGGAAGAUUGUGGCAAAAAGUUUUCACAGAAACCACAUCUAAUUGCACACAAACGCUCUCAUUUGGGUGUCAAGCCUUUUGUGUGUGAUUUCGAUGAUUGUGACAAACAUUUUAGA